AUGAAAACUCCUAGUCCUAGUCAAGGCCUGGUUGACGCAGGUGAGAGAGGGACUCAGCAAGGUGCCUUUUCUCUCUGUCACACUCGACAGGGUGUGCUGCUCUAUGGCCCACCGGGCACCGGCAAGACCCUGACAGCACGAGCAGUCGCGAACCGCACCGACGCGUGCUUCAUUUGCGUCAUCGGAUCCGAGUUGGUGCAGCGCUACGUGGGCGAGGGCGCACGCAUGGUGCGCGAGCUCUUCCAGACCAAGAAGGCUUGCAUCCUCUUCAUCGAUGAGGUGGAUGCCAUUGGCGGUACCCGUGGCGGUGAUGAGGGCAACAGCGAUAGUGAGGUGCAGCGGACCAUGUUGGAGAUUGUCAAUCAGUUGGAUGGCUUCGACUCGCGCGGCAACGUCAAGGUUCUCAUGGCCACCAAUCGACCCGACACGUUGGAUCCUGCGCUGCUGAGACCGGGGCGUUUGGACCGGAAGAUCGAAUUUGGACUUCCGGACUUGGAAGGCCGCACACAUAUCUUCAAGAUCCAUGCCAAGCAGCUGAGCGAAGAACGGAAUGGAACGCUGAAAUGUGAGAGCGCAGGGAAGAACCAUUGA